AUGGACAGUAUGGUCACAUCAGAUCAAAUUGAUAGCUUGCUCGACUCUAUCAGUACUCUUUCCAAUCUAGAGCAUCUGGUCUUGUCUGAGAAUUCAAAGAUUUGCAGUAUACCAGAAAGUAUUGGCAACCUAAGGAAGCUUCAUACAUUGGACCUCUCGGGCUGCUAUGACCUGAAGACGCUUCCCGAUAGUAUGGAUCAGAUGGUUAGUCUUAAGGUUCUAAAUUUGGAACGGGUUACAUUGGAUGAAUUGGUGGUAUCUCGGUUCAACUGUGCCUCUUCGCCACACUUUGAGGUACAUGCUUCAGGUGAUAAAUGUAGCAGCAAUAUCAUCCUGCUUCGGCCCACAAAUCCUGUUGAGCUGUGGGUAGAUAGACUUGAAAAUGUGAAGUCUGCAGAAGAGGCACACGAUAUAAACCUGAUAGAGAAACAAAAAAUUGAAGAGCUAACACUUACAUGGACUGUAGCUGUUGGCAGGUUUGUGGAUGCCAAGGAGGUGUUGGAAAAACUAGUGCCACCAAGCAGUGUACUGAAAUUGUAUGUAGUUGGUUAUAGGAGUGUCAGCUUACCUGAUUGGCUUAUGGUACUUGGUCAACUACCAAACUUAGUAAAUCUGAAUCUCUACCGUAUGGAGGGCUUGGAAGAGUGGAACAUGCAACAUUACAGUGGCAAGGAAGGUUCAAAUGAGCUCAUGUUCCCUAAGCUUGAAAGAUUGACCAUAGAGCAAUGUAGCAAGCUGAGGAUAAAACCGUGUCUUCCUAGAGCUAUGUCUUUGCACAUAAGUGGUUGUGAUACUAUGCUAUCAUCAUGGGAAGAGAGCUCUUCACACAGCGGUAUUUCCUCCACUUCUCCAUUAACUGAGCUGAAUGUUACUGAAAGCAAGGUGGCCAUGCAUGAGUGGAGGUUGCUUCACCACCUCCCUGCCCUCCGUGACUUAACCAUCACCGGUUGCAGUGAUCUGACCACCUCACCUCAGAUCAUCCACAGCCUCUCCUCCCUCAAAUCAUUGUGCCUCAAAUCAUUGUCCCAGGCAGAACUGCCGAGAUGGUUGGUUGAGCUGACAUAUUUGCAGGCACUAGAACUGAAUUGCUGCAGAAGCAUGACAUACCUACCGGAGUGGUUAGGAGAACUAAUCUCUCUCAAGAAUCUGGUGAUCAUUGACUGCAGGGGGAUCCAGGCUAUGCCGGACAGCGUAGAACAACUUACCAAGCUCGAACAUCUAACCGUUCUUGGCUGCCCUACUUUAGGGAGAUGGUGUGAGUCAAAGGAGAACAAGACAAAGCUUGCUCACAUCCGGAACACGGUCUUCCCGGCGGAUCUGGAUUUAGUACCGCUGCAUAGUGCUGUGAUGAACACGCCCGGCUUCACAAAGGGAGCUUUGAGAGUUGCCGUAUCUAAUUUGGAAAAAACGUCCCAUAGUUCUGUGUAUAUGAGCAUGAAUGAGGAGCACCGAGUAUUGUGGCUCCGGAACUUCCUGGCAGAGCACUACUAUAAUUUAACUACUGGCGGUUGGUGGUACUGUGAUUGA